AUGAGUUUCCUGUUUGAGUUGGACGGUGAGAAAUUUAGCGAAUUCAAUGAAGAAGAUUUUGAUUUGAUGGAAACGAUUGCGGAAGAUCUAUGUUUAAAUCGCGUAACACCUAUAGAUUUGGACGAAGAGUUUGAAUUCCAUUGCGAACCAUCGCACAAUAUUGCCGAAGAGGAAAUUUUCCGUUUCAUUGAUGUAAUUGAUGAUAACAUAGGGCAUUUGUACUUGCGUUGCAAAGGUGCCGACUGGAAGGAUGACAAGGAAGAUGAACUCACUGAACCAGGUUUAAUUUACAUUUGGUUUACUCGGGAAGAAGAAUUGGUUGGGUUCGAUUGUUUCAAACUUUGCUUGGAUGACGACAAUAAAAUGGUCCUUUACUUGUAUGAAAUCCACCUAACCGAAGAAUAUCAAUGUCAACAUUUCGGGGGUAAAUUAAUUGCCGAAUUCCACAAUUUAGCAAAGAAAUUAAAAGAUUCCAACCAUGAUUUAUAUAAACAUCUCGAAGGUACCGGAUUGACGGUAUUCACAGAUAACUUACUGGCGUUGAAUUGGUACGAAAAUUUAGGAUACAAAUUAACAGAAGCCUCACCGCAAGAUAAAACGUUAAGGAAUGGGAAAAAUGUGAAACCCGAUUAUUAUUUAAUGAGACGGCCGUUGUAA